AUGUCUAUCACCCUCAUGUCUACUAUGAUGAAGUCUGGACUUCCUACUCGUGCUGUGUUGCCCCAGCGCACUGCACUAAACACUCACUCACACUCCAGCACGCUCAGAUACACACACUCCGGGACAGGUACUCCGCCCUUUCAAACCGACAGGCAGCAAGAAUCAGCAGACGUGCAGAUCUACACAGACUGGGCGAAUCACUAUUUAGCCAAAUCAGGACACAAGCAGCUGAUUAAAGAUCUGCAGCAGGAUGUCUCCGAUGGAGUGCUUCUGGCUGAAAUCAUCCAAGUCGUAGCCAAUGAAAAGAUUGAGGACAUUAACGUCUGCCCGAAGAGCCACUCUCAGAUGGUUGAGAAUAUCGACACGUGUCUGGCUUUUCUGGCAGCAAAAGGUGUCAACAUACAGGGACUCUCAGCUGAAGAAAUCAGAAAUGGGAAUCUGAAGGCGAUACUGGGACUGUUCUUUAGUUUAUCACGAUAUAAACAGCAGCAGCAGCAGAACACCUCACACACACACAUUACACACACUCAAACACAUACAGCAUCCUCGCAUGGGACACACACUUCAGCAGCACAGGUCCAUCGAGCACAGGCGGAGAUGCAGUCCAGGACGUCCUCUGAGAGCAAACUUCUCAAGUUUUCCAUUGGUCAGAAAAAGACAUCUAGACUUCCUGGCCCUACGUCGAGAGUUUCUGCUGUGUGUGUCGAGUCAUCACCGCGUAGUUCUGUCAGCUCAGUGGGAAACAGACGCAGCCAGACAUUCAGUGAGAAAAUCAAACCUGCAGCCACACAGACCAGAGAUUCAUCAGACAGCAUUAAUUCCCAACCUCCAAGUAUGACUGAGCACGCUCCAUUGUCACUGGCAACCACCUCCACCUCCACCAGCACUGUGGGACUGUCUUCCUCUUCUCCCUCUGCCACUUCCUCCUCAGCCAUCCCUCAGCCCAACUCGAGCAGCAAACCCUGGAGGAGCAAAUCUCUGAGCGCCAAAAACACCUCUACCUCUACCGCUUCCCCAGUUAAAGGGGAAGUCCCUUCCAAACAGUCCCCUCCCGCUGAGCCGCCCCCCAAAUCCCUGUCACAGAGGUCCAUGCUGGAAAAACUCAAACUGUUCAACAGUAAAAGUGGCUCCAAAUCCUCCACACCACCAGAGGGCACUGUGCAAAUGUCACUCAUGUUGGAGAAAGCAGAAGCUACUGAGCCUCAGGAAGAAGCUAACGGCUAUGCAUUGACAAGCAGCAGCCCAAAGAUGGCACUAAAGGGCAUUGCACAGCGUACCUUUAGCCGGGCGCUAACGGCUAAAAAGGGGUCAGUGAAAGGUGUGGAAAAAGAAAAGGACAGUGACAAAGAGAAAGAGCGGGCUAAGGAGAAAGAGAAGGACAGAGAGAGAGGGAAGGAGUUUUCUAAACGAAUGUUCAGUUUUGAGAAAGCAGUGAGUAGAGAAGUGAUAACCACAGAGGAGGGGACUAACAAGAGUGAGGCUAGCACAGCCGCAUCAGAGCCUAAACGAAGCUCUAAAAUUGCUAGUCUCAUUCCCAAAGGAGGCAAACCCAGCACCAAAAAAGAUAGCUCCGCCUCCACGCACAGCGGAAUCCCCAAACCAGGAAGUAAAAGCACAGUUAAAAGCUCAGGACUGCCCCUCGGUGGCAAAGACAAUGAAAGGCCUCGUAGCAUGAGGCUAAGCGGUGGCGUUGGUUUCCAUGGAGACAGCCGCCACUCUUCCUCCUCUUCCAGUCUCGCGUCCACAGAGGGAAAAGGUCAUCAGAACCACAGUGUAACCUCAGUGGGUAACGGAGGAACUACACAGUCCACAGCUAGCAACACGGUUAGCGUGCAGCUUCCUCAGCCUCAGCAGCAGUACAGCCACCCGAACACCGCCACUGUGGCACCGUUCAUGUACAGAUCCCAGACAGAAGGGGAGGAAACAGAAACAGGCUCCUCAGGACACACUGGAGACUCAGGUGGCUUCAGCAAAACUAACCAGACGUCCACUGAAGAUCUAACAGGUGAAGAUCCUGAGACUAGGAGACUAAGAACAGUCAAGAACAUCGCAGACCUUCGACAGAACCUGGAGGAAACCAUGUCUAGUUUACGGGGAACUCAGAUCACACACAGUGCACUGGAAUCGUUUGAUAGCAGCAUCACCACGGAAACCAAUGCUCAUGGUUUUCGAUCGUCUCGUGCUGCACCGCUCUCGUGGGCCAAUCGGAUCGGCCCGUCCAGCCCACGGCUCCAAGCAGGCGACGCCCCUUCGCCAGGGAAUGGAUAUCCGCCACAUGGAGGUGUAAGUGGGGUCACCCUGGGUCAUGCACGCUACCUUUACCCUGCCCCUCUGCGCAGGCAGCUAGCAGCACGCAGCAGCGCCAUCUGUGGGCUUGAGCUGGGAGAGCGUGGAGAGGAACUUGAACUUGACGUCAGUGGAUACGUGAGCGACGGAGACGUGCUGGCCAAAAACGCACGUGCUGACGAGCUCAGCAGCGGGUACCUGACUGACGGUGGUUUGAGUUUAUACACUCGGCGUAUGAACCGUCUCCCAGAUGGACUGGCGUUAAUGCGGGAAACUUUGCAGAAGCACGUAUCGUCAGGACAAGGAGAUGCAGACAGUUGGGACGACAGCAGUUCAGUCAGCAGUGGGAUUAGUGAUACGAUCGACACUGAUGACAUCCACACCAGUUCGUCCAUCAGCUCAUACACACACCCCUCUGCUACGUGUAGAACCCUGAGCACACAGCCGCAGACCGACGCUGAGAAACAUUCGGUGGUCGAGCGAAACUCGAGCUGGUCUUGCGAUGAGGUCAGGAAAUCAGACUGUGGAUCGGACAGCGGCGUGAAGAUGGAGUCCGGCUCCAAAUGGCGGCAGAACACUUCUGAUGUACCAGAUGAGUUGGAUAAGGGAGGACCCGGGAAGAGGGGUGGAGCCAUCUCUCAGACUGGUUCGUGGAGGCGGGGCAUGAGUGCCCAGGUGGGCGUGACUACGCCACGCACGAAAAACACGACGGUUACCUCAGGACCAGGCGUGAUGAAGAGCCAUGGGAGCGCUAAAACCGAUGACGCUAAAGUGUCAGAGAAAGGCCACGUUUCUCCCCACGCUAACAUCACCCAAAGUUGUGACCCCACCUCCUCGCGUGUUUCCUUUGGCUUUAAGAAGCCCACAUCCGGGUCUAUAUCUGCUCCCGCUGCCACGGCGACGACCUCCAGCACAGCCACAGUGUCAGCCAGCAGAGUCACGGUCAUCAGUGGCUCAGCCACACUGGGGAAAAUCCCCAAAUCCACCGCACUGAUGGUGGGUGGAGUCAGGACUGGUCUGAAAGGGUCAGCUCCAGAGGAGGACGGCGGCCUGGGGACCAGCGUCAGGUCCACGCUGCAGUACCGCAGUCUACCACGACCUUCACGCUCCACCCACAACCGCUCAUCCACCAGCAGCAUCGAAUCAGGAUCGAGCAGCCGAGGCCCUACCGCCAGCGCUACCGUCUCGGCUAAUAAGACACGAGAGUCCAUCCAAAACGCAAAGACCAAUCAGACGGACAAGGAAAAGGGCGGAGUCUCGGAAACUGACCACUUGAGAGCGAAUGUUGUUGGCUUGAGUUCAACAAUUCCACAGACAGCAAGACAGGGGAGUAAAUAUACAGAGGUCUCAUCUCCCACACUGCGCAGGCUGUUUGGAGGUAAAGCAGCGAAGCAGGCCACUGUCACAGACAACCUGAAAAACUCUGUGGUCAUUUCCAACCCUCAUGCCACCCUGGGACACCCCUCUGUGCCCUCCGCCGGGCUCCUUGACUCCCCCUCGGUGGGCAGUAGUGGGGGCGCGGGGGGCAGCGAACUGGUAUCCAGCCCUGGCUCGGGUUACUCAGGGGGCACGGGCACUUGGGGCCACCCAUCUGUCAGCAGCAUGCACACCAGCUCGGAGUCAAUCGACAUGUCAGUCAGCAGCGGGCAUCAGCGUGACAACGGGCACCACCCGCUCACUCGCACGGGAAGCGCCAAGACGGAGAGUCCCUUCUCUUCCCCUUCUGCUAGUCCCAAAUUCAGCCGCAACACCUUGCCUCGGAAACAGGACAGGUACACCCCCUCGCCACAGCUCCGCCCAGAAGAGGCACGUGAUUGGCUGCGCUCGCAUUCCAUCAGUGGAUUGCAGGACUCGACCAGUAACUCACCUUUUUCUACUGGCUCCAGCUUGACUUCGCCUUCUGGGACACGGUUCAAUUUCGGACAGCUCGCCAGUCCCACCGCCACAGCUCAGAUAAACCUUGUGAGUCUGCGCACCAGCAGUCUGACCAAUCAGGACACAGUGCUGGACACCUGCACGGAGGGCCGUCUGAGAAACUCCUGUGUCUCACUGGACGAAAAAAGCCGCAUCAUGAGUCGCUCAGCCUCCUUCAGAGACGGGUUUGAAGAAGUGCACGGUUCAUCUCUUUCCCUGGUCUCCAGCACGUCCUCCAUCUACUCCACGAAUGAAGAGAAGUCACAAUCAGAGAUUCGGAAGUUGCGCAGAGAGCUGGAUGCCUCGCAGGAGAAAGUGUCAGCACUGACAACACAGCUGAGUGCUAAUGCUCACCUGGUAGCAGCAUUUGAGCAAAGUCUGGCCAACAUGACCAUCAGACUGAAGAGUCUCACCAUGACAGCAGAGCAGAAGGAUUCUGAGCUGAAUGAACUGAGGAAGACCAUUGAGUUGCUGAAGAAGCAAAACGCUGUGGCUCAGGCUGCCAUUAACGGCGUCAUUAACACUCCAGAACUCAUCUGUAAACCUGAGCGUACAGCUUCGGUUGGCUCAGUCUCAGUACAGGCGGAGAUGUGUAUGCGCAGACAGCACUCUUCAGACAGUGUGUCGAGCAUCACCAGCCACUCCAGCAUGGAGAAUACAGACAACAGCAGCAAGAAGAAGAAGAAGAAUUGGUUGCGCAGCUCCUUUAAACAGGCAUUCACCAAAAAGAAGUCCCCUAAAUCGGCCUCGUCCCAUUCAGACAUUGAGGAAAUGAACGACUCGCUCCCUUCAUCUCCUAAACUCCAUCAUAAUGGUUCCAGCAGCUCCACGCCGGUGCUCAGGAACUCCAACUCACUGCUGCCCGAGGGUUUGGAUGGAGAGGCGGAAACUGUAAUGCAGCUGCGGAGCGAGCUCAGAGAGAAAGAAAUGAAGUUAACCGACAUCAGGUUAGAGGCGCUUAGCUCCGCCCACCAACUCGACCAAUUAAGAGAGGCCAUGAAUCGAAUGCAGUCUGAAAUUGAAAAGCUUAAAUCAGAAAAUGACCGCUUAAAGAUGGAGAAUCAGGCAAACGGUGGUCGACCCUUAAUCACCUCCAGCUCCAUCACAACUCCAUCGUCUGAACUCACACAACAAAACCACCACGACUCCACCAGCUUCGAUGUACUGCUGGAUGAUUCCGGAGGAGACGGCAGUUUUCGUAAAGACGGCCAGCAUGUAAAGAUCAUCGUCAGUUUACAAGAGGAGGAUGCUCCAAGGAAAGAGGAUUGCAGACCUCGGGACUUCCUGAUCGGCUGUAUUGGAGUGAGCGGGAAAACCAAAUGGGAUGUUUUGGAUGGAGUAGUGAAACGCCUAUUUAAGGAAUACAUCAGGCAUGUAGAUCCAGUCACUCAGCUGGGACUGAGCUCAGACAGUGUGGAGGCGUAUCGUAUCGGGGAUGUGAUCAGACCCGGGAGGGCAGAAACACCAGAGCUACUUCCUUGUGGAUAUUUAGUGGGAGAAAAUAACACAAUAAACAUUUCACUUAAAGGGGUGAGCUCCCAGUCGACUGACUCACUUGUGUUUGAGAUGUUAAUCCCGAAGCCUGUGUUGCAGCGCUAUGUGUCCCUGCUGCAGGAACAUCGCCGGCUCAUCCUGUCUGGUCCAAGUGGCACGGGGAAAACCUACCUGGCCCAGCGUCUCGCUGAACACCUGACACUACUGGAGGGACGCAAUGAUACCCAAACUGCCAUCACCACCUUCAAUGUGGACCACAAGUCUAGCAAGGAGCUUAGACAGUAUCUGUUGGCUGUAGUGGAACAGUGCAGUGUGAAUCAACGUGAAGCUCCUUUAGUCGUCAUACUGGACAACUUGCAUCACGUCAGCUCACUAGGGGAGAUAUUCAACGGCCUGCUUAACCAAACACGCCAGCACUGCCCGUACAUCAUCGGCACCAUGAGCCAGACCACAUCUUCAUCUCCAAAUUUGCAGCUACAUCACAACUUUAGGUGGGUUUUGUGUGCGAAUCACACUGAGCCAGUGAAGGGCUUUCUGGGCCGUUUUCUGAGGAGGAAGCUUAUCGAGACAGAAAUCAGCAGGCGAGCGCGUAAUCCAGAGCUGGUGAAGAUCAUUGAGUGGAUCCCUCGUGUGUGGCAUCAUCUCAACUGCUUCCUGGAGGCUCACAGCUCCUCAGACGUCACUAUUGGACCGCGUCUGUUCCUCUCAUGCCCGAUGGAUGUGGACGGGUCACGCAUUUGGUUUACAGAUCUGUGGAAUUACAGCAUCAUCCCCUACAUGCUGGAAGCCGUCAGAGAGGGUUUGCAGCUCUACGGGCGACGAGCUGCAUGGGAUGAUCCUGCUCGUUGGGUGACGGAGACGUUUCCAUGGCGAUCAAACUCCCAGCAUCCAGAUUGGCCUGCUCUGCUCAAACUCCGCCCAGAGGAUGUGGGUUUGGAUGUAGGCUCCACCUCUAAGGAGGGAGCUCCCAAACAGAACACUCAGAGCGACAGUGAUGCUGAUCCACUGAUGAACAUGCUGAUGCGUCUAAAGGAGGCCGCGAACUGCUCCAGCACUCAGAGUUACGACAGUGACUCCAACAGCAAUGGUCACCAUGACGACAUCCUUGACUCGUCGCUGGAGUCCACGCUAUGAUGCUUUUUCCUGCAAACCUCCUGUGAAUGUUCCUCGUGCCCAGGCAACAUCGACUGCGCUGCUGCUUUUAUUUUAUCCUACAUGGGAACUGUUUUAAAGGAAAGAAAAUAAGUGCACUAAUCACAGUUCAACUUGCUGUGUCAAGGUACUAAUUAGAUACAAGAAGAAGAAGAAGAAGAAGAAGACAGAAACUGCACUACUUAGACUUCAUCUUUAAACCACCUGCUCUGAUGGAUGUAUUAAAGAAUAGCACAUAUCAUCAGAGAGAAUCUUUACCUCACCUACAAUGUCUAAUAAUAAUAAUAAUAAUAAUAAUAAUAAAACUAAGACUUGAAGCUUUGAAGUUAAUUGUCUUCAUAUUCUAGAUCUGUGUGUCCCUGAUCUUUGGCUUCUCCAUCCCUUCUCUCAUACUGCAUUCUGUAAUCAAGAAAACGGUGCUACGUAUGGUUUUGUGCUCUCGUCUGGAUACACAUGUGACGACGGCUCACGAACGUUUCUUCUGAUGCUGGCCAUCAUUUUAUAAGACAAGGCAUCGAUACACAUUGUGGGGACUUUCCAGAGGACAAGGUUACAUGAAUUUGUGCCUUGUCCUUUUUUUUUUUUUACAUGAUGAGUACUGGUACCUCACCAGCAGGGAGUUUUUUUUUUUCCUCUUGUGAAAGCUGUCUCGCAGGCCUGUCCUGCACUCACUCACCCUCAUCCUCUACAUUAUCCUCCCCUCAUGUUGGUGCUGAAGAACCCAGUGCCUUACUGCAUACUGCAAUGAGAGCCUGAGAGGCCCUGUGUUCUUACCCUGAACUCUUCACUUCCUCUCGAGCAGAAGGGCUUCAUGCUGCACACCUGAGCAGCUCAGAGUGGCUUUAUCAUGUUAAUAAUGCUCAUCAUAUUGUCUGUUAAAUGCUGAAAAGGAAUGAAAACCUGAAAACCUUAGGCACUAAACCCUAUGGGACUUGUUGAGUAGUUUAAAAGAGCUGAAACAAGUUAAAGAGUAAAGAAGCGUGCAGGUCUGUGUGUGUGUAUGUGUGUGUGUUUAUACCUCACCGGCUGUGCAGAGCUUUACUUUGGCCUUAAUUCCCAUGCUACGCCACUGUGAUGGGGAACGACUUAUAGGGUCCUUAUCUCGCAAUCCCAAAUAUUUUCUGGCUUGCUAUAAGAAUAGAGCUUAAAAUAGUUUAUUAACAUGAUGUUCUUCUUGCCUACACAGUCCAUAAGCUCUAUUAAUGGAAACCGAACUGCAAAAAAACUUGUUUUUUCUUAAUGUCAAAAUCUAUUUAAUCAUUUUACAGCAGGUUAGCCCCGCCUGUUUAAUCUACAGCCCCACCCAGUCCCACUGACUCCAGUAGCGGUGUUUGAGUGAUGGAUGAGGCAGCAUGCAGGUGUAAUGGUCCCCCCG